AAUUUUGAAUUUGUUCUCAGUGGGUGGAGAUUUCGUCUUGUCGCCAUAUUGUGAAUGCCUGUAAGUGCUGAAAGUGAAUAAAUUUUAUAAUUUUAGUGUAAAUUCCUUGUCUUCAUAUUUUGGAUUUAAAAGUCUAAAGGCUAUCAGCUAGUAUGGGUGCUAAGCAGAGUAAGCGCUCGGUGGACAUUAGUGGUAAGGAGGCAGAAGGAGCAGGCGAGGUGGCGGCUGCGGGCGCGGGAGGCGAGGGGCGCGUCGAGCAACUCGCCGACGCAGAUGCGCUAAAGCCGCAACUCAACGGCGAUGCACACAUACACGAACCUUCGGACAAAGAAAAGCAACUCGAUAGUGGAACACCGGAAAAUGAAAAGGAUGCGACUACCGAAAAAGAGGGUAAGGAACAAGAGGAAGAGAAAGAGAAAGAAUCGACUCCGGUAACAAACGGAGACGCCGAGCAGAAGGAAGAGAACGGAGAAUCUACGCCAUUGCCAGACGACGGCAAGAAACCCAAGAAGGAAAAGGUCAAGAAGAAAUGGUCGUUGAGAUCGAUAAGCUUCAGCCGAAAGGACAAACCGAAACAGGAGAAGAAACAGAAAGAGGAAGAGCUCAAAGCGAAUGGUGAACCCGAAAAAGUACCCGAGGAGAUUGCCGAAACACCUGACACAGAAAAAAAUGAUAUCGUUAAAGAAGAUAAAGCUGAAACAGAGAUCAAAGAAGAAAGAACCCCUGAGACGCCUGUAACCGAACCGAUUACAAAUGGCAGCAGCACGCCUGAAACGCCAAAAGAAGAAUCUCUUACUGCUGAUGAGCCGAUUGCCACAGUAAUUGAAGAGAAUGAUAGGCCAGAGAUACCUAAAGUUGAAGUGACAACGGAGAAAAUCUCUGUCAAUGGUCUCACCGCAGAAGAAUCUAAAAUUGAAACUCCUGUAGCAGUAGAAAGUGAGAAUAGCAAACCUGAGGAACCAACUAUCGAAAAGACUGAACCCGUUCCAGCUACUGAAAUUCCUGUCAUAAAUGAGGAAGUUCUUUCAACAUCUGAUAAGAUGAAGGAACUAAUCCCUGAGGUUCCCACUAUACCAGAGCUGAAAACCGAAAUUGAGACGACGACCGAUGUGGCGGUAGCUAAUUAAUAGCCGCUGAGUGAGUUUCACAUACAACAGUCCACAAGACGUUUGUCUAAAAAUGAGCCUUUAAUUUAUUUUCAUUAAGUAUCGCGGUGAGAUAUCGAACUAAGUUCGAUUACAAUUUAUUACGUCAAAUAUGAGAAUUUCAAUUUUGAAUAAGACCUUACUAUCUAGAACGAGUAUAGUUUAAGUUUAGCGUGCUUUGCUUUUGUUAAAUUAAGGUUUUAUAUAUAUAUAUAUAUUAAUUCGCUAGAAUGACCUUUUACGAUUAUAUACAAUAACAAAGUUAUAUAGGCAGUAUACGGUGCGAUAAGUUGGUGCCAUUAUUACAGGGGUAUUAGUUAUGUCGUCUGGCGUGUGACUCGAUCCUUAAGUACUUCGCAAUUUCUAUUUGCUCUUAGAAAAAUUUUAAACAUUUUUUAAUAUUCGUAUGAUAAUUGGCAUUCUUUUCAAUUUAGAAUAUUGUGGUAGACAUUACGAGCUCGAAUAUCGUAUAGCAUACAAAAUUACUAGUACGUAAAAAUAAAAUUAUCUAGUAUAUAAUCAUACGAGUUACAGUAAUACUGAUUACAUUUUCAAGAAGGAUUUUGAAACCAUAACCCGAUGUGAAUGUAUGUAUUCGUUGUAUAGUUAAAUAUCAAUAUAUAACAAAUACAUGUUUAACUUGCCUCACAUUCGAUUGUGUUGCAGCUAAAUACUAAUAUUGAUAAUUAAAAAUGCGUUACUCGAAAAGUAUAAAAAUAUUAUAGGUUUUAAUAAUGAUACACUAUUAUGUAUAUACGAAUAAUUACGUUUUCAUAAACUUAUUUUUCUUAAAUCCUAUCGUCGAAUUGAAGUUGAAAUUUGCAUUUGUAUAUUGUUAUAAGUGAUAUAAAAAUUGAUUUCAUUUAAUUCUUUAAGUAUAUUUUAUGCACCUAUGUUAUUAUUCUACUCCUUUAAUUAUAAGUUUUGUAAAUUUGGAUCUGAGCUCUCUUUCUAAAUCGCACGUGUGAAAUCAACUCCAGUAUAUUUAAGUUGCUCUUUCGCCUAGUGCGAUAUGGUAUAAGAUGUCAGGCAUUUCGUAAAGAAAUUGUGUUACAUUAUACAUUUAGACGUGGAUAUAAAAAAAAAAAAUUGGACUUAAUAUUCAGUGGCCAAUUUUUCGAUUAAUGUAUACAUUUUUAUGCAUAUACAAACAUACAAUCAAUUAUAUGUACUAUUUAGAUGUGUAGUAUUUGUAACGAUUUAGAGAAAGCAGUGGGUAUUGCUGCUAUUAGUAGUUAAUUAUUUCACACUUAUACAUACAAUUAGACUACCUACGUAAGGUUUUAUAUUACUGUCAUUUGUCGUAUUGUGUCCAACAAAAUGAUUUCCUAAACAUUUUUGUAAUUUUAUACAUUUUUUAUAAAAUUUGAAGUGACACAUCUGCAUGAAUGGAGGACGGAAAUACUUCCUAACAUAUUAGCAGUUAAUACAAGUGAGACAUUCCAUAUCAAAUCUAUUUCUAAACGAUACCUGAACCUGCCGUCGUAGACUAAACUGUUAAAUAUCUUCGAAUCCGCUAAAUUUUAUCAAAAAUACCAUUUGUUUCGGUUGCAUUCCUAGUUAAUGGACUGGUAUCAUAGACGAAAUUUUUUAUAGGCUGACGGGUGAUUUACGUAUUAAUAUCAAUAGGCAACUAGUUUUUAGAAUUUAUAAAAAAAACUAACCUAGAGAUUAUUUUUUAGAAAUUACGUUCGCUCAAAAUUAUUAGUAGUAAGUUAGCGGAAAGCACAAAUUCUCAAAAAUCAAUCCCAUCGACUCUUCAUUCACGUUUAUAUAUUCACGUAUAUGUAUUUAUAAUGCAGAAGUGCCAAUUCGAAGUAUGUAUAUUUUAUUAUAAUGCUAAAAUAUUAUUUAGUUAUGUUGUCUGCUCAUUUUACUAUUAUAUUGUACCUAAAAUAAAUAGAAAUUUAAAAUUUGUAUUCAUUAAACAUUUAUAUAAAUAUUUUUAAGUUCUAUUUUACCGAAAUUUAAUCUUGAUGUGUGAAUGUCUCUAAUCAAUAAAAUUUAAAAUAAA